AUGGGUCGUCAUUGCUUCUACGUUUACUAUGAUGGGGAACAGUAUUUCCAUGACUUGCAUGGGCUGUCCUAUAAAGGCGAGUUAGUGAAGCAGAAGUUCAUUGAGUUGAAAUGGGAAACACACUUGAGAAAAAUGCACCGGAAGAUAAUGGAAGCUCUACGGUUGGACAAGGAGUCACAUAAGAUAUCCAUUGUGUACCGUGCCCCCCAGAAACUUGUGAGUACUCAGGUUGUCUACAACUCAAAUCCGUUGGGUUGCGAUGCUGACGUGGACAUGAUGUGGGCAGUGAUUAAGCGGACCCCCCAGUUCAUAGCGUCCGACUUGUAUGUAACUGUUGAGGCUGUUGGGUUUCAUGGUAGUGCAAGUUCACAGCAUGCCAGUCGGGUGGAAGAGCCACACUCAUUGUCGGUUGACUUGCAUCCUCCCUUUGCCUAUGCCACGCCUUUCCCCUACAAUAAUCAACCAUGUAGUGCGGUUGAUCAUUUGGACAACACCGAAAUGGUGGGCGCCACCAAUACACAUGAUGUGGGAGGGUCUACUCACAAAUAUGAGCAUGUCCAAGCUGAUAUGGACGGGGGAAUUGAUAUUGAUGCCAGCCGAGAUGUGUACGAAGAGUUCAUUGAUACUGAUGGACCAAUGGACGACGCGGAGGUCUUAGAUGUACCACUGAUCGAAAAUAAUGAGGAGGAUAGCCUUACAACAGUUCCUAUCCCAGAAUGGUUCACAUCAAACACAUGGGACAAUAUUAAUGACCCAUCACCUGCAUUGGGUACAGGACAUCUUACAAGUUGGCAUAAAGGUGACCACCCAGCAAGGGGGAUGCUAUUCAAGAAUAAAGCCUAUGUUCAAUAUGUGUUGACCCUCUACUCUGUGGAGCAUAAUAAGCAAUACAAGGUCAUCAAGUCUGACACCAAUAGGCUGGUAGUGCGGUGCAAGAAUGAGGCAUGUCUGUGGUCAAUUCGGGCCAAUUGCAGCAAGAAGCACGGGAUGUGGGUUAUCAGUACAUGUAAGGAUCCCCAUAGUUGCUCAUCCCUCCAGCUACCAACUGAUGGGCGGAUGAUGGAUUCAAAGUUCAUCUCCAUUGCACUUGAGAAGUAUGUACGGGAAGACCUAACCCGAAAGGUAAGGGACUUGCGUAGUAUGUUGCAUGCAAGGCAUGGGCAUGAUGUAACUAUGUACAAGGUUUGGGAAGCCAAACAGAAGGCAGUUGCACGUAUUUCGGGGAUUUUGACGAGUCGUACGCAGAAUUGCCACGAUUUCUAG